GGGGGGGGAGUCAAUUUUAAUCCUCCGCAGAGCUGCGCUGCACAUGGGUGACUGUUUUGGAUGGCUUUCAAGAUUUGCCGAGGAAGUUCUGCAUUAGGACUAAUUGUGUGUGCUAAAGUGUGGCGAUACACAGAAGUAACAGGAUUUCUGAUUUAUAAUUACAGUUUAUGCUUCAGUACUUGUAGAACGCUGUGCUAUUUAAGCAUGAGGGAUAUGAGCCUCUUGUAUAAGUUACAGAUUAAUUCUACAGGCUUCUCUCCCCAGUGUUUUGGAGCUGGUUUAUCUGGCCGGUCUUUUUCAACAGUACAGGAUCACACUGAGAAGCACUCCACGAUGCCAGACUCCCCUGCUGAUGUCAAAACACAAACCCGGUUGACACCUCCAACCAUGCCACCUCCACCAAACAACCAAGGAGCGCCUCGAACCAGCUCAUUCACACCAACAACAUUGACGAACGGCAACAGUCACUCUCCCACCGCGUUGAACGGGGCGCCGUCUCCGCCAAACGGAUUCAGCAAUGGGACUUCCUCGUCUGCCUCGUCCACGCUGGCCAACCAGCAGCUGCCGCCGGCCUGCGGAGCCCGGCAGCUCAGCAAGCUGAAGAGGUUCCUCACCACCCUGCAGCAGUUCGGCAACGAUAUUUCGCCCGAGAUUGGCGAGAGGGUGCGCACCUUGGUGCUAGGUUUAGUGAAUUCUACCUUGACAAUUGAAGAAUUCCAUUCCAAAUUACAAGAAGCUACAAACUUCCCUCUCCGACCUUUUGUUAUACCGUUUUUAAAGGCCAACCUGCCCCUGCUGCAGAGGGAGCUCCUCCACUGCGCACGCUUGGCCAAGCAGAACCCAGCGCAGUACCUCGCCCAGCACGAGCAGCUGCUGCUGGACGCCAGCACCACCUCACCUGUCGACUCCUCCGAGCUGCUGCUUGAUGUCAACGAAAAUGGGAAAAGGCGAACUCCAGACAGAACCAAAGAGAAUGGCUACGAGCGUGAGCCUUUGCACUCAGAGCAUCACAGCAAGCGGCCCUGCACUAUAAGUCCCAACCAACGGUUUAGUCCAAAUAACGGCUUAUCCUACCAGCCCAAUGGCCUGCCUCACCCAACACCACCCCCACCUCAGCACUACCGUCUGGAUGAUAUGGCCAUGGCGCACCACUACAGGGAUUCAUACAGACAUCCCAACCACAGAGACCUCAGGGACAGGAACAGACCUCUCGGGAUGCACGGCACCCGUCAAGAAGAAGUGAUUGAUCAUAGACUAACGGACAGGGAGUGGGCAGAGGAAUGGAAGCACCUUGAUCAUCUAUUGAACUGUAUCAUGGAUAUGGUGGAGAAGACAAGGCGGUCACUUACGGUCCUUCGGCGAUGUCAGGAGGCUGAUCGCGAGGAGCUAAAUUACUGGAUCCGACGAUACAGCGAUGCAGAGGAUAUUAAAAAAGGAAGCAGCACCAGCAGCCACUCCAGACAACAGAGUCCCGUGAAUGCAGAACCUGCCCAAAUAGAUUCCCAUCGGGAGUUCCUUCACAGGCCAUCUGGUCAUUUGCCAGAGGAAAUAUGGAAAAAAGCUGAGGAGGCGGUGAAUGAAGUGAAGCGGCAGGCGAUGUCCGAGCUUCAGAAAGCCGUGUCGGAAGCGGAGCGGAAAGCCCACGACAUGAUUGCCACGGAGAGGGCCAAGAUGGAGCGUACGGUGGCCGAUGCAAAGCGGCAAGCUGCUGAAGAUGCGCUGACCAUCAUCAACCAGCAGGAGGAUUCCAGUGAGAGUUGUUGGAACUGCGGACGUAAGGCGAGCGAGACUUGCAGUGGCUGCAACACGGCGCGAUACUGCGGCUCAUUCUGCCAGCAUAAGGACUGGGAAAAGCACCACCACGUGUGCGGACAAACCCUUCAGGCCCAGCAACAGGGCGAGGUGGCCACGGGCGGUUCCUCGGCAACGCCCAGCAGUGGUGCAGGAAGUCCAGUCGACACACCACCAGCAACUACUUCCAGGUCAACCACCCCCGGCACUCCAUCCACAAUAGAAACGACCCCACGCUAAAGAUUUUCCUCAAAAAAAAAAACUUUUUUUUCAAAAAAAAUGGCUCAAGUCACACAAAGAUGAAAAGGGAAAAUAAAACAAAAAACAAGACUCUUCACUAUCCAAGGAGAAACUAAUCUGGAGUAGUAGUGAGUUUCGAAGGCCAUAAAACGGGUCACACUUACUUACUAUGAAAAAACAAAGAUAUUAUUUGUUCAUCUUUUUUUUCUUGUUUGUAAUCUGCGGAGAAGGCAGAGAGCAUCACAAAAGUAGAUUUGACCUCUUCCCUCGUUAUUUUUCCAGUAGCUGGGAUUAAAACUAGGUAACCUCAUAAACAGAUGCUUUAUCAGACAACAGACCAAGGGAUUGCUAAUUAAUGUACAAAGCGAAAUGCAAAUAUUAAAGGGCACGCUGUUCUUUCCUGCAAUGAUGAAAAAUAGGUCUCUCGCAAAAACCCUCAAGGGCACAGGCUACGUUGGCUGCGGCAGAGACAUUUUAACAAGAAGAUGAAUGGUGUCCAUGGGCUGUGGAUUGAACUCUGAAGACCUGUGACAGAAUGCACAGCUGUGUGGCAGAUUGGAAGCAAGCACAGAUGUUCAUGCGUCCCUCCAGAAGAACAAUAUCCAGGUCAACCAAGUGAAGAAUUGAAUCUGUGGUUUGUUUUUUUUUUUUUUGCUGUGGGAUAUAUGAAUACAACAACAAAGCAAAUGCUAUAAUAAGAGGCUUUCAAUCCUAACGAGAAACAGCCUGCGUUGGAUUAACUUUUUUUUUUUUCCGGCAGACUCUUGUCUACCAACUGCCCUCAACAGAGCAUUUCUACACUAUUACAAGGUUCCACAUAGUCAGACAAUCAGGUCUGUUCCUGCUCAUUUUUUUGAUAAUGAAAAUGGUGGCUACAACACUGGCCCAUUCCGUGUUCCCAUCCAUCUGUUCAGAUUUGAAGUAGUUCUCUUGGUGUUAAAACACUUCUGUCCUGUGAGAUUCACUAUGAUGUUCUUGUAAAUGUGUUGGAAAAAUGUGAAGACCCAUUGUAGCUAACCAUACCCCCACACGUAGGCGAUUAUUCCUAGUUGGUGAUAGACCUGUAUCUUUCUAUGCUGCCUUUAUAUCUGUAUGUAUUAGUGAUAUUUCUCUGGUAGUUCACACAAUGGGAUUAUUUCGUUGUCCUCAAAAGAAAAAGGUUAAAAAAAAAAGCUAUCUAUCUGAGCUGCUAUUUCACUCUGUUUAAGAAUUAUAAGACUUAGCAUGCGUCACGGAAUGCUACCAUUUUGGUGUAUUGUAAGAGGGAUGUACGUAAAUGUACUUUGGACUGUCAUAAAUGACUCCCUAAGGCAUGCUUGUUUGGGCAAACUCCCAAUAUGCUAGAGCCAUUUUGCAGAGUUAGCUAUAGAUUAGAGUAGCUGUCAUAUCCAUUUCUUUGAUAAACCGGCCAUUUUUCCGACGGGUGGCAUUUUAUAUGACGAGAUCACACAAGAGGACAGUGCAUGCAUAUCACUGCGAAGUCAUUAAGUAUUGCUGAUUUAAAAAUAAAAAUAAAAACUUUUAUCUCGAGAAGUAAAAAAAAAAAUAAUAAUAGACUCCAAAAUGCUGAGGUGUAGAUUGACAGCUUUAACACUGCUGAA